AUGCGGGAGGUGGGCUUUGUGAUUGAGCUGCUGCGACAAGACACCAUGAUCUUCCCGCGUCUCUCGGUGGUUAGCCUGCAGUCUCGGCGCCUGCGGCCUUUGCCGCCUUUGCCGCCCUACACGCUGGAGAGCCUGGCGCAGCAGGCGGUGAAGGUGGCAGAGGAGAUCCGGUCCUAUGGCCUGCUGGGCUCCAAUUGCCAGCACUAUGUCAAGGACCUGUUGAAGACCCUUACGGCGCACGAGAGCGGCCUGCGCACCGACGACCGCAAGGCAGUGAAGGGGCUGCAAGCCGUGACGGCGGCAACAUGUGUGGCCACUGGCACUGUCAGGGCAGUCGCCGCCGUCGCAGUGGGUGGAGGCCUGGCAGCGGCAGGCCAUCUGGUCUUCGGCUCUUUGUUGGCCUUUGGUCUGGCCAGGGGCCUGAGCAAAAGCUACAAGCUUCUCUACAAACGCCAGCACAACUCCGAGUGA